CCUGAGCGUUGCGUGAUGGAAGAUACAUACAAGGUUACAGAGGCCAAUCGGUUUGACGAUCUUGAUCAUUAUCACCGGAUCAUGAGGGAGCUCCGAGAGGAGAAGAGUCUCCGGUUCAUCUCACCCGAGGCUGCAGAAUCCAAACGUGACGCACGACAUGAAUCAGUCGUCAACAAACUCAUCGCGGCUGUCUACUCCGGCCCAACGAUCGGCGACGUCGAAAGCGCGCUGACUUUGACGACCUUUCCGAAUGGCGACGCCGGCGGCCGGUGCAGUUCUCGAUCCACAGUCUGUCCGCCAGACAAGGGCCAGGGCAAGAUGGAGCACAAGUAUACGUUGAGAUUGAAGACCUGUAGAAUUGGGUUUGCAGAUGAUGGCUACAAAUGGAGGAAAUAUGGGCAAAAAUCCAUCAAAAACAGCCCCAACCCAAGGAGUUACUACAGAUGCAGCAACCCGAGGUGCGGUGCCAAGAAGCAAGUUGAGAGAUCCAUGGAAGAUCCAGAGAUGCUCAUCGUCACAUACGAGGGUCUCCACCUCCACUGCACCUACUCACAUCUCCUUCUCCCCCCACCACGGGAAGACUCCAAAGCCGGCUUUCAUGCAUCAAAGAAGCUCAAGCGUCGGUCCAUGGCCGGAGCCCCGGACAACACAACGAUCCAGCCUCGGCUGCCGUCGCAGCCUGCGGUGGACGGAACAGUGAGCCCGGUCUUGGAAGAGGAUGCUUUGCGUAGCUCGGAAGGGCUGCUGGAAGACGUCGUGCCCUUGGUGGUGAGGAAGCCAUGCAUCUCGACCACCUCAUCGUACGACCGUCGUCCUUCAUCCUACUCCAACCCAUCAUGGACGAAUAGCUCGUCUUGCUUCAAUCUGGGCAUUCUUUCUACCACAUUGUGAGUGCACCGGCAGCAUGUUACUAGCAUUAGAUGAGAUGACAAAACCUCAAACAAGGGGAAUGAUGUUUGUAAUCAUCUUAUCUAAAACUUGUACAUCCGUGGCCGAAGUGGUAGAACACUGGGAGCAACCAAGGGAGAAGCGAACCAGUCAAUCCA